UCUAAACUAUCAUGGCGGAAAGUGGUUUAUGAUUGGUUUCGUGAGUCAUAAUCUCCAUCAAAGAGUUUUUAACAUUAUUAUUUAUCAUAUUUUCAUUAUUACUACUUAUUUUUCUUUUUAUUUUAUAUAAUAUAAACUUAUAUUUCUAUGAUGAUGAUGAUCAAGAAUAAUGUUAAAGACUCUUUGAUGGAGAUUAUAAAUCACAAAACCAAUCAUCGCUUUCCGCCAUGAUAGUUUAGAGUCAUUGAGUUUCGAACUUGAGAUCUGACUCGACUCGAUCCAGAGUUGGGUAGAGUCAACAAAUCGAAUACGCUAUUCGUUUCGAAAAGCGUAAUAGGUCUCACGGUUACGAAAAGUGUGUGCGACCAGCUUAACCCAUCGUUGGACGUACUCUUUAUUAAAAAAAAAAGAAAGUAAUUCAUCGCACGUGACGUCCAAAGCAUUUAUCGAUUUAAUGUCAAUUCAGUCACGAAAAAGAAAAAUCUUCAAUUUGAACAACUCACCUGCCAUCGCUAUGCCUUCAAAAAUAAUAAAAUUUAGAUGAAGCAAUGUCCAAGAUAAUGCGUGAUGCAAGAAGCUACGAUUUUAUGAUUGCAACUUUUAUUAUAAUUCUAAAUAAGAAGACAGACAAGUAUGAUUUCCAAGCUUGGAUUCUUAUUGUUGCUUGGUUGUAUAGGAUGUGUUUUGUUAUUUUUUACAUUCAUCGAGAGAGAUUUACGGUCACAGAUUUCAAAAACAAUUCUAAUACACUCUCAAAGGACAUAUGAAAUGAUGGGCGAAUCAUCAGGAAAUACUAGAAUCAUAAUUGAACCAUCAUGCAAUGCUACUUUUCUGAUAUGGAUUGUCACAUCUUAUGCGGGUGACCCCUCAACUAGAAGUGCUUUACGACGAGCAUAUAUAGAUGAGGAAUUACAAACUUUAGGAAUUGAAAGAGUAUUCCUACUUGGUAAGUUAAAUGAUGAUGCCAAGAGGAGAACACAUGUAUCGCAGGAAGCAUUAUUAGAUGAGUCGAGACGAUUCAGUGACAUACUUCAAGGAGAUUUCCUGGAUACUUAUAGAAAUUUGACUUACAAACAUCUAAUGGGCCUUCGAUGGGCAAUGAAUAAUUGCAAACAUGUUAAAUACAUUAUGAAGAUGGAUGAUGAUAUAGUUGUAAAUAUAUAUGGUUUAUUAGAAAAGUUACACACAGGUAUAAUAGAGAAAAAUUCCUUAGCUGGUUACGUCAUGAAGAAUAUGACCCCUAUUCGAGAGCCAGCCAAUAAAUGGUAUGUAAGCAAAGCGGAAUAUGCGGAUAAUAUUUAUCCUGAUUUCGUUUCUGGUUGGCUAUACAUUACAAAUUCACAAGUGGCAAGUAAAUUGAUCAAUUAUGCUGAAUCUUAUAAAUAUUUUUGGAUAGAUGACGUAUUUGUGACUGGUAUUUUGAGAAAAGUUUUAUAUAUAAAAAUCCAAGAUAUCAGUAAGAUAUUUACAACAGAUUAUAGAUAUUUAGAAUGUUGUAUAAAGGGAAAAAUAAAUCUGUUAAAAUGCGAAUUCUUGAUUGGCCCUAAUGGUGGUGAUGCAGAGUUGCAAGUGAAAUUCAGGAAGUUUGCAAAGUUUUGUCAUGCAAACUGUUUUAUUCGUGCCGAAAAUAAUCUUGUUGGCAAGACCUGUGUAGUCGCAUAUAAAGAACCAAAACUGCAUAAAGGUGUUUUCCAAAUAAAUCCAAUUAAAAUUUUAUAAAGAAAUUGACAGAUAUAAACAUGAGAUUAAAUACUGUACGUGAUCCGGUUGCAUCAAUCUUAUUUUGGCUUUAAGCGAGUGAAAACACAUUUUUGGUUUUCAACUAUAAGUUAAUCAACGUUUAAAUUAUAAUCUAAAAUCAAAAGUUUUAAAUCUCGCUUAAAGCUAAAAUAAUAUUGAUGUAACCAGACUUGAAAGAUUACAUAGUAUUUCCUUGUUUCAUAAAAAAUUUUCGCUUUAUCUUAAGACGACUCAUCUUCAAUUCCUUGAACAAAAUAAUCUCAAAUCUUAUUUAAAACAUAAUGUUUUGAAUUGUUUGAUUGAUUAGAAUAAAAAGAGUAAAAGUUUCUUGAUAAUAAAGAAUGAAAAAUUAGGAGUAUUCUUCAUAAAACAAGGAAAUACUAUAAUUUUAUUUGAGAGAAUAUUUUCUAUAUAUUAUAUUGUAUACAAAAUUUGUACAGUAUCUUACAACAUUUUUCUUAUUAUAUAACGUUUUAUAGAA